CAGUUUCGUUUCGAUCUUCCGACGGAUCGCACGCACCGAAAGCUCACCGAGUGUGCGCUACGCGAAGAUCGCUGCACAAGAGCUGUCAAGCUGUUUGUUUUGAUUGUGGGAAGCUUUCUCCCCAGGAAACGUAUCGUAGUUUUGUUGGUGUUUUCGCACGGAAAGGUGUGCCGUUUGUUUGUUCUUUCAUUUGCAUCAAAUCCAGACAAACGUUUCGCACGCGUAAAACUGUUUUACCAAAGUGAACUAUGGCGUCGGUGAUAGAUGAGAAAGAAAGAUCCGGUUCGACGCAAACGGGCGAAACUGUAACGAAAACGGUCAAGCAGAAGCGUACGGCAGAUGAGCUGGAUGAUAAAAGUGAAGCAAAAAGCCGUUGGUGGCUCCUGUUUGGAGCAGUCCUGGUACUGACGGCCGGUACCCGGUUCUACAAUGUUACAGUUCCGGACCACGUGUGUUGGGAUGAGACACACUUUGGCAAAAUGGGAAGCUGGUACAUCAACCGGACAUUCUUCUUCGACGUACACCCACCUCUCGGCAAGAUGUUGAUCGGUCUGUCCGGUUAUCUCACCGGGUACGAUGGCACGUAUCCGUUUGACAAACCGGGUGAUAAGUACAACGGGACGCACUACGAAGGAAUGCGCAUCUUCUGCACAGCACUCGGAGCAGCAAUUGUUCCAAUGUCGUUCCACACCGUCUGGGACAUGACGGGUUCGCUGACAGCGUCCACAUUUGCGGCCGCCUAUAUUCUGUUCGAUAUCGGCAUGCUGAUCCUGAACCGAUACAUUCUACUCGAUCCACCACUGAUCUUCUUUAUGACUGCCUCGGUCAUGGGCAUGGCACGUGUUUCGCGUUUGACCAGGGAAUCGAGCAGUUUCUCCAGAUCUUGGUGGUUUUGGUUGGCGUUCACGGGAUCCAUGUUGGCGUGUACGAUAAGCGUAAAGUUUGUCGGAUUGUUUGUAGUGCUGCUGGUUGGACUUCACACGGCAAGCGACCUGUGGGAUGUUCUCGGUGACUUAAGCCUCCCCAUCUCGCACACCGUCCGUCAGUUGAUUGCUCGCGCCCUUACGCUGAUUGUGCUACCAAUCAUCCUGUACGCUAGCUUCUUCUACAUCCACCUGACGGUGCUGAAUCGCAGUGGAAGUGGCGAUGGGUUCUACAGCUCCGGCUUUCAGUCCAAUCUGAUCGGUAACUCGCUGUACAACGUGUCGAUGCCACGGCAGGUUGCUUACGGAGCUGUUGUAACACUGAAGAACCACAAAACCGGUGGAGGAUACCUGCACUCGCACAAUCAUCUUUAUCCGAAGGGUUUCGGAGCUCGCCAGCAGCAGGUCACGACGUACAGCCACAAGGACGAUAACAACAAAUGGUUGAUUAAGCCAUACGAUAAACAAAUGCUGGAGAACGUUACGCUCAUCAAACACGGCGAUUUGGUACGGUUGGAGCACGUGCAGACCAAACGAAAUCUACACUCGCAUCGGGAGCAAGGUCCGGUAACGAAGAAGCAUCUUCAGGUCACUUGCUACGGAGAGGACGGCCAGGGAGAUACAAACGACGUGUGGAUGGUACAAAUCAUCGGGGGCAAAUCGGGCCAGGUGGUGGAGACCGUCACGAGCCAGCUAACCUUCUACCACUACAUCGAGCGCUGUGUCCUGACGACCACCAACAAACAGCUACCGAAGUGGGGCUUCGAACAGCAGGAAGUCACCUGCAAUCCCAACAUUCGCGACAAAGCCGCCCAAUGGAACGUGGAGGACAAUCAGUUUGAUAAAUUGCCGAGCGUUAACUUUCAGGUUUACGCACCGGGCUUCAUUAGUCGCUUCUUCGAGUCCCACGCCGUUAUGCUGCAGGGUAAUGCCGGACUGAAGCCGAAAGAGGGCGAAGUUACCAGUCGACCAUGGCAGUGGCCGAUCAACUAUCGGGGUCAGUUCUUCUCCGGUUCCGACCAUCGCGUUUAUUUGCUGGGCAACCCAAUCAUCUGGUGGAGCAAUUUGGUAUUUUUAGCACUCUUUUUAAUCAUCUUCGGCGUGGAGAUUAUCAGAUAUCAACGCAAUUCUGCACCCGGCCCGGUGACAGCCCGGCCAGCGACCCCUAGCCCACCGACCGUGGACGCUAUCAAAUGGCAGCUACUUCGAGCGGGCCUUUGGCUGUUUGGUGGAUGGUUGAUUCACUACCUUCCCUUCUACGCGAUGGGACGCGUCCUCUACUUCCACCACUACUUCCCUGCCCUCGUCUUCAACUCGAUGCUCGCCGGUGUAAUGCUGGACUACGUUACGGGCCGAUUGCCGGGAUGGUUGCGUCACGUUUGUCUGGGCACGGCGAUGGCUGGGCUGGUGUACAGCUUCGUACUCUUCGCGCCGCUCGCCUACGGUAUGAGUGGUCCCUUCAGUCACGAACCAAACUCAACGUUGGCCUCGCUCAAGUGGCUGAGCAGCUGGGAGUUUUGAGGGCUGAGAUCGAGUCGUUAUUGCACAGCAACCGGUGUAAAAGUGUAUCGUUAGAAAAGGCAAAUCUCUUUCAGUAUCAGUAGCAAGCAGCGAAGGUCCUAAUAAGAUACUUUUGGUCAGCUAGUUCCAUUACCUUUAACUAUUUUAGCUACACGGAAUGCGCUAAAGAGCAAAAGCGCCUACAGGUAUGCAAUUCGCUCGACAAACUUUUUUAAAUUGCUUUUACGCUGUUACACUGUUCCGGGAGCGUAUAUUCCUUCCAAAUGAGAUUUUAGCUUAUAAUACUAGAUCGUGUUCAUAAAUACUCGUUACCGCAAACCAAAUUGUUAAUUAUUAUUAUGUUUCUCAAUCAACACCAAACGCUCGUCCAAUGCGCACUAGUUCCAAUCGACGAUCCUCUCUAAACAAUUUAUCGAACUCUCCUCGAUUCGGCAGCCCAUCGUUAUGCCCCUUUCAAUGUAUGAUGAUUCGAUAUUAGAAAAUGGACCCCUUUCGACCGACCCCGGACCCUAGAUCACCAAUAAACUAUGCCGAAACAUUGCCCAUUAUCA